AUGGGCAGUCUUCAAAUUCCAACAACGACCCAUCUUUCGUUUGCGAGAUAUGCGCGGAACCCAAGUCUGGAAGUGAGUCGUUUAGCAUCAAAGGUUGUAGCCAUUCUUACUGUUCCGGGUGCAUGGCCAGUUGCUAAAGGUCUUAUGGCUAAAAUGUAUAGGCUAAAUCAAAUAUUGGACUACCCAGAUCCCGUUGGCCAUGUGUUUUCAGAAGCACUUUGGAAAGCAGGCGUGUUUCCAAACCAUCCAAGACUUGGUGUAUUGCUCUCAAAGAAGUUUCCUGAACAUUUUAGCAAAUUACAACUUGAACGUGUUGACAAGCUUGCUUUGGAUGCUUUACAUGAUAAUGCGAAACUUCAUUUGCAGUCUUUGGAGCCAUGGAUUCAGUUUGAUGUUAUAAUUGGAAACUGCAUGUGCAUGGCUGCAUUUCUGGCCAUUCAGGCUCCACUUUUAAAAAAGUAUCCUGCAAACAUAUCAGUCACUGCAUAUUCAUACUUCUUUGGUACUUUGUUGAUGGUGGUGACAUCAUUCUUUCUGACCAACGAAUCAAUAGACUGGGCUCUAACACAAUCUGAGGUUUUAGCUGUAAUAUAUGCUGGCACUAUUGCAUCUGCACUUAAUUAUGGACUUCUGACAUGGUGCAAUAAGAUCUUGGGGCCUACUUUGGUUGCUACAUACAAUCCACUUCAACCUGCUGCUUCUGCCUUCUUGUCCAGAAUUUUCCUUGGGAGUCCUAUCUAUUUGGGAAGGUUUUGGUCCUAUCACUCUCAACAAUUGUUUGUGCACUAAAUUAUUCUAGUUGUUGAUCAUUGACAUAAUGCUAUCUAA